ACCAUUUCCGAGUUAAAUGUUUAUUUAUGGCGUAUAAUUGGCAAUACUGCUAUCACGGACGGUGUUAAAGAGAAUGAUGAUGUAAUUGCUAACACAUUCUUGAAGGUUUGCAUGGUGGAUUUAGGUUCUCAGAAAUCAGUUUAGAUAUUGUCCGAUUAUGUUUAGAACUUUUUUAUUUAUUUGCUGUGCAUAUGAAAACAUCAUCACGUCUUUACCAUAGAUUUCUGUGGUGUGUGAGGCGUCAGAUCAGGUUUUGUAGGUCAACAUAUUUCCUCACUAAAUGAUACCUCCGCCAUUUGCCCCGCAGUGGAGAACAUCGCCUACAAGGGCAGCACUUGGGUCAACGACAAGAGACACUCGUGGUCAGACUGGAACUACGCCCCGGCGAGCCUGGCCGUGGACGGGAACCGGGACACGACCCUGCAAUCGUGCCCCGUCAUCGACAACGACAGCGUGGACGAGCCCGUGUGGAUGGUGGACCUGGGCGGGCGGCAGCAGGUGCGCGGCCUGGCGCUGCUCACCUGGCAGGGACGUGGCCAAGACCAGCAGACCCUGUACCGAGACUACGUGUUCGGCCUUGACCGCCUCACAGUCUUCGUCGAGAACCAGCGUCGCCUGGACACACUGUCGCCGCAGGACCACAAAAAGUGCGCCUCCAUUACAAGACUGAACAACGCUCUCUUCAGAGAGCGCGUGCACGUGGAGUGUCCUCAGCCCAUCAAGGGUCGUUUCCCGUACAUCAAGGCGAGCGGGGUUGCCAACAGGUGGCACCGCGUCUUCUCCAUGGUGCUGUGUGAGGUGAUGGCGUACUGACCCGCCUCGGCUGCUCACCACGCCCUCACCGACAUCAAACCCGCCUGCACUUCUUUCGCGGAUUAUGGUGAAAAGAAAAAUAUAAAUAACUAUUC